AUGCCUCAGCAUAGUUGGCGGCCGCUGGUCGCCGCGGCCACUCAGUGCAAGCCAUCCUCAACGGCGCGCAUUCCACGGAGGGAGUUGAGUGUGCUUUUGACCGGCACCAAGUCGAGUUCAGCUUCAGUACAACAGCAACGGCGGACAAGACAAAAAACACUGUCUUCCCCGUCCGCCUUAGUUCAACGCAAUCAAACCCACCACUUCCUUCAAAAUCGAUAUGCAUCAUCCGAAUCUUCUGCAGGCUCGUUGAAACGGACACCCCUAUAUAACCUUCAUUCAAGCUUGAAUGCUAAACUAGUCCCGUUCGCCAAUUUUUCCAUGCCUUUGGACUAUCCGGAUCAAUCACACCGAGAGUCUCAUCUUUGGACCCGAGAUAACGCUUCGCUAUUCGAUGUAUCUCAUAUGGUACAGCAUAAAUUGUCAGGAGAACUAGCCGAAGAGUUUCUCAUGACAAUCACUCCUACUGCAAUUGAUGAGAUUGGAAAACAUUCAUCCAGCUUGUCAACACUGCUUAACAAGGAAGGUGGUAUCGUGGAUGACACGGUCAUUACCCGCCUCGGCAAGGAUUCUUUCUAUUUUGUCACAAAUGCCGGCUGUCGUGAGACUGAUCUACCGUUCAUCGAGGCUGAACUCGAUCAAUUUUUGCAAUCAAAGUCUGCAUCCAAGGAUAAGAUUAACUGGCAUAUCCUGGACCAUCAUGCUUUGCUGGCCUUACAAGGCCCUAAAGCUUCAGAUAUUCUCCAGUCUCUCGUCUACAACGACACAGAAGAUGAUGCCCUCGACACUGAUCUCAGCACCUUGUACUUCGGCUCGAGCCGAUGGUUGCAAUUGACCCUUCCGGAAAGUGGCACGAACACCCCAUCUCUUCUCAUCAGCCGGACGGGUUAUACUGGAGAAGACGGGUUCGAGAUCUCGAUUCCUCCAGAGAAUGGAGAUUCAUCAGAGCUGGCUAUUUCCAUCGCACGGGCACUGACUGUCGACUUGUCAACAGUCCGCUGGGCGGGUCUUGGUGCGCGAGAUUCACUACGUCUAGAGGCCGGGAUGUGCUUGUAUGGGCAUGAUAUCAGUGAUAAAAUCACUCCACCAGAAGCGGCAUUGGGUUGGAUCGUUGGAAAGUCUCGUCGUGUUGACGAACCUAGCCCUCCUUUUAACGGGCACCGCAAGAUCAAUAAGCAACUCGCGUCCCCCAAGACGAUGCAAGAGCGACGCGUAGGUUUUCUCAUCGAAAAAGGUCCCGCAGCUCGUGAAGGUGCAGAAAUUGUCGACACUGAGCAUGACAACCAGGUAAUUGGACACAUCACCUCAGGAAGUCCUAGUCCAAGUCUGGGUGGCCAAAACAUUGCCAUGGGCUAUAUAAAAAAUGGCUUCCAUAAGAAAGGCACUAAAGUUGGUGUUAAGGUCAGAAAAAGUGUGAGGAAAGCGGAGGUGGCCAAACUGCCAUUUGUUGAAAGCAAGUUUUAUCGAUCGGCAUGA